AUGCAGGAAUAUGCGUCACACGUUCCCUUACCUGAAUCCGAUGCCUCAGUCUCUGAACCUGAUUCCGACGUGGAACUUCCCUCGAGGUUUUUGGACACUUCGGAAGUAUACGUCUACGUACAGAACUGGCUGCCUGAGCCUUCGAAAGAGCCUAUUCCUCGCCUUGCAGGCACUCUAUUUGAAGCAAUACUAGCCUUGUUCAUUCAUCUUACUCACUAUGUAGCAAUUGAAAAAGACGGAAAGCAUAUCGCUCUAGGUUCAAGGGAACUUGUUCAGGAGGUUGAGAGACUUUUCUUAUGGGGCGACGGCUUUUCCGCUUCUAGUGGCCAAUUGGAUGAAAUACUAUCAAAGUCCAGCGAGUUGAGACAAAGCGUGUUAUCGUCACUAUACGAAUUAGGUGUGACGUUGAAGAACACAGCUUUACAAACACGUUAUACUUCACACGGUAACAAAACUAGGGGUUUAGAUAUCCCCAUGCGAGAACUACGAGGCUUGUUAGAACAGACAUCGAUUCUCCUCUACGGCUCUGACAACCUAGAUGACAGGGAUGCUAUCUCGGAAAGCGAGUCAUCGACGAACGAUCUGACUAAAUGCAUAGAGGAUAUCUCUAUCUACAUCGAUUGCUUGAUGGACUUAUCAGUUGCACUGGAAAAUCCAGUUCUCGAUCUCGAACCAGUCAACGCCACGAUCCCAAGCUCCCAAAAUCUGGAGACAUUUGAUGUAUCGUCUUCACAGGCUUCAACAUUCUGUCGCAAGAUUCGCGACAGGUUCCCUAAAAUGGAGAAGUGGCUCGUGGAAAGACUGGGAGAGAACAAUGCACGUCGAGCCUCCGCUCUCAAAGAGGCACACGAGAGGUGUCUAGAUAUUGAGGCAACUAAUUCGACUAAUGUGUCCGAUCCUGUACUUGAAGAUUCAAAUACCGCCUCUUCAAGACAGCCUGCACCGAUGAGAGAAUUCCCUCAUAUUCCAGCUAGUAACUCGUCAUUCUUAACGAGAGCCUUAGCAAUUACUGAUGGCCCAUACACAUGCACCAUACGAACGUGCAUCCUAGACACCAAAUCAUACAAAUCCACGCGACGUUGGGUCGAGCACGAAUCCCAGCACCGGCCACAAGACUGGCAAGGCUCCGAAUGUCCCUUCUGCGACAGCAAGUCUACCUUGAUGUCCCCGAAAUCGUACUACAAACAUGUCGCCGAGCAUCUUCGUGAAAUAUCGCUCGCAGCACUACCACAUAGCUUUGAUUCACAUACGGACACCACGAGUUCAAAUGACAAUUCAGAAGAUAAUGAGGAUUAG